GUCUGUAUGAAGGUGGCGACGUGUUUACUUUGGACUGAAAUUAUAAAAAGCGCGGUGUGUGUGUCAGUAAAUAAUUAAUUAAAUUAAAUAAAAUCGCGUUAUAUUCAUGCAAGUUUCGAGCAAUCUAAGGUGCAACAAAAGUGUAGUAGUUCAGUCGAAGGCGGAUAUUGAUAAUUAAUUUCUCUAGCAAAUAAAUGUAAAACAAAUACAAUGAAAUCAAGGCUGUGGAUACUCGUUACAUUAGUGUCUCUUAUGGACAUACCCACAUCGAAUUCACUUCAAUCUACACAACAAUUACAAGAGAUCGAACCAUUCCAAGAAAUCAUAGACUAUCGCUUACCGACUCGUGUGGUACCCAGCAAUUAUGAUCUUACAAUAAAUCCAUACUUCGAUGGCGAGAAACAGUUCACGUUCGAUGGUGUCGUACGGAUUACGAUCCGGACGAGUCAAACAAACGUGAACGAAAUUGUGGUGCAUGCCCAUGAUCUCACGUUUCGAGAGAAUAUGAACACUUUAACCGAGGCGAAGGAUCCAACGACGAUUGCCAUAACGAAUCGGUCUCGGAAUGCCAUCACGCAGAAGUACAUAUUGACGUUGGCUUCGUCGAUGAAACCCAAUAUCGACUACAUACUGGAAUUUUAUUACUCCGGAAAUAUGAACCAGGAAAUGAAGGGAUUUUAUCGUAGCUCGUACGUUCAGGAUGGGGUACAGGUUUGGCUGGGAGCUACACAGAUGGAACCAACUUACGCUCGUCAAGUGUUUCCCUGCUUCGAUGAGCCCCAAUUUAAAGCGACUUUCGAUCUGAAAGUUGUUAGACCGAAGAAUUUCAGCGUCAGUUUCGCCAACACAAAACUUAACGAUUCUUUCGAUAUCGGACCGCAUGAAGUCUUCGAAGAAUUCAAAACCACACCCAGAAUGUCAACGUAUCUGCUCGGCUUCGUGAUAUCUGAUUUUCGAAUACGGGAAAACGCCGCGAAAACCUUCUCAGUCAUCGCACGUAGUGAAGCGUAUACCCAAACCGAAUACGCACAAAAUAUUGGACCGAAAAUUUUGGCCAAACUGGAAGAAUAUUUCGUCUACAAGUACACCAAUAAUAUGGAGAAAAUGGAGAUGGUGGCUCUGCCAGACUUCAAUUUCGGAGCAAUGGAAAAUUGGGGACUGUUGACGUACAAAGAAAAGGUAUUACUGUACGAUCCGGAGGUGACCAAUGACCACGAUCAACAGGCGAUUGCAAAAAUGAUUGCUCAUGAACAGGCGCAUAUGUGGUUUGGAAAUUUGAUCACUUGUGAGUGGUGGAAAUAUUUGUGGUUAAAUGAAGCAUUCGCUAGAUACUUCGAACAUUUUGGAUUAACUUCACUGCCAGAAACCAAUUGGAAUUUAGAUAUGCAAUUCGUUGUUGACUCCUUUCAACCAGCUCUAGCUCUUGACUCUAAAGCUAGCAAUCCCAUGACUCACGAUGUUGGUAGUCCCGACGAGAUCCUCUCAAUGUUCGGUCCAAUAUCGUACGACAAAGGUGCCUCUAUCCUUCGCAUGACUGAGCAUGUAAUCGGAAAGGACAACUUCCAAAAGGCUAUCCAACAAUACAUCAGCGACAAUCUCUUCGGAUUGUCAACACCGGAAAAGUUAUACUCAGCAGUCCAGCGCUACGCUGGCGAUACCAUAAAUAUCGCUACCUUCUUGUCCACAUGGACUACACAAGCUGGAUACCCGCUAGUUCAAGUUGAACGCAACACCGAUGGUAAAAAUCUGCUGAUCUCUCAGCGACGGUUUCUCUUACGAGAUCGUACACACAGCGACACUACCAAAUGGCAAUUGCAUUUGAACUACGCUCUGUCGACGAAUCGUAAUUUUGAAAACACGAGACCAUCGUUUGUGAUGACAAGAGCUCAAGAAUCCAUUCAGUUACAGUUACAAGAAGAGGUUGACUGGGCCAUAUUUAACGUUCAACAGACAGGAUUUUAUCGAGUCAAUUACGAUGCAGUCACGUGGGAGAAUAUUGCGAAUACGCUUAGGGACAAUGCAUCACACAUACACGUGAUAAAUAGAGCGCAAAUCGUUGACGACUGCCUGAAUUUAGUUCGAGGCAACUAUGUGGACAUCAAAUUUGCCAUGUCGCUUAUUACCUACCUUGCAAAUGAAGUCGCCUAUUUACCAUGGAAGGCUGCCUUCACUAACCUAGACGCCAUGUCGCGACGAUUUAAUUCGUCCGAACUAGCAACCUAUGAGAAAUUCAUGUUGCAACUCCUGCAGAACAUUUACAAUCGUCUAGGAUUUACUGGCAAAGCUACAGAUUCUCGAUUGGAUAUUUAUCUGAGAAUGUUGGUUACGCAUUACGCUUGUAAAUAUGGUCAUGAGGAGUGUAGAAACGCAGCAAAAUUGGAAUUCGAACGCAUGGAAACAUCGUCAACUUACAAAGUCGCAGCCAACAUUCGCCCAACAGUUUACUGCACUGGAAUCGCGGAAGGUUCGUCUAAUGAAUGGAAUUUCUUGUGGAAACAUUUCACCCAUGGAAAUGUCGCAACAGAGAAUAUGGUAAUUCUGAAAGCCCUUGGUUGCACAUCCGACGUGCGUCUAAUACAGCAAUAUUUGCAAUACAUAACGACAGAUUUGGUACGAUUACAAGACAAAAAGUUUGCGUUUGAAGCCGUUUUGACCGGCUCUCAGCAAAACGUACAGACCGUCUUGGACUAUGUCUUGUCUAACACUGAAGACUUCGCAAAUGCAUUUGGCGGAUAUCCGAAAUUAGCCGAUCUUCUAUCGUUAACGACGGCUACUUUCACCAAUCAGCAACAAAUCAAUCAACUGGAGAACUUCUACACCACCAAACUAAACGACUUGGGUGCAUCGGCCACCACAUUACGAAAUGCCAUUGACAAUGUGAAAUUGGAUUUGAGAUGGGCUGAACAACACUUACCCGACGCAUUCGAAUAUAUGCGAGAAGUUGCUGGAUCUGCGUCAAUUGUUUGCACUAGCUAUGUGCUGAUGCUAGUUUCAGUUACGGUAAUGCUUUGGUAAUUAGGUCGGGGUUUCCGAAAACAAAACAUGCCCCAGUCGAACAGAAUGAAUCUUUGGUAAAAUAAAAUUAAAGAAAAAGGAA